CUAACCCAAUUGAUUCUUGAUCGAAGCACAAGGAAGCUAGCCUUGGAGCGAAAUGGAGGAAAAAUACGCUUAUAACAAGAGAAUCAGACAUUAUUCCUCAGUCAUCAACUACUAGACCUUCCUAAUCCAGCAUACAGUAUCUCUCGUCAACCGUAUGUAUUCAAGUUCGGGGGCACGCGGUCGGCUCAUUUUCAGACGACAGAUAAUUCCCUCUCGUUGACUGUUGCUGUCCUCAUUCGUUGAUAGCUUGUGCUCGAACAUAAUCCGUUGUACAACUUGCUAUUUUACAUCUGAUUCAUUGAAGGACUAGAUCCAUGCCUUUUACCCACGACUCAAGUCCCACAGAUACUUCCACCUCUCCCACUGAGACUGAGACCGACCUUGACUUCGGUGAUCCGAGAGAUGGGCAUGUUGUAGCCGUAGCCGUGACCGUCGGUGUCGUCGGUGUCUUCCUUUUUGGACUCAUCACAUGGCUUCUCCUACGUCUGCGUCGCACACCGGCUGACAAGGUUGAUGCGGCUCCCUCCCCCCGUUUAAAACGUACCUUCACAUCAGAUCAUACUCGACCCUCGACUGAGUCCAAGUUCAGUUUCAUGCGGAAACCGAUGCGAGUGGCUCACCAGCAGGAUGAUGGUUCUUGGGACUUUUCAGACCCAGACCCGACGCACAUUUACAUACCUCCCACACCGAGGAGUCCGCUCUCCCCGCUACCCACAGCUCCACGCUCCAAUCGCUCUAGUAUAUACAAGGGCGAGAUGUCCCCAACUGAUUCAGAUCUCGAGGCUCCUCCACCUGCUUACUGCGUAGACGGAACUAUGUGGUCAAUGUGUACUCCUCCACAAGACCAUCCGCCUCAAGCAAUUGCUUAUUAGUUUUUGCCUCUGACUUCGUCAGCAUCACAUUCACCUUACCAUUAUUCUCAUUUUGUCGCUUUCGAUGGUUCAAUUUCUCCACUUUUUUCAUUUCUGGCCAUUUUUCGCCAGGUGCCCUUGUUACGAGUAAUUCGCCGUGUACCAUACAGAGACCCUGAUAGCUUGGCUCACGGACAACGAUAUGUAUAACCACCCUUGUAUGUACUUCAUACUCGUGGUUAAUAUAUCAAAGAUCUGCGUUCUUGCAAUGGC